CGUAUUGGUGUUACACGGACAGCUUGACGGGCUUGUCGGACUCACUUCGGUCAUGUUUAGAAAUGUUUGGGGCAGAUUUUUAAGAGAAACGGUUCGCGUCCGACACCAUGUGAAACUCGCCCCGUCGACACAGACGUCCAGUCCCGCCGGUGUGGUUGGGAGAAGCUUCUCGGCCGUGAAGGACGAAGCUUCGCCGCCGUUUGACUCGUCCCUGCUGGAGCUGCUGGUGUGUCCGCUGUCCAAGAAGCCGCUCAGGUACGAUGCUGCAACCAAUGAGCUGAUCAACGAGGAGCUUGGCAUCGCAUAUCCUGUCAUAGACGGCAUCCCGAACAUGAUCCCUCAAGAGGCCAGACUCAUAAAGAAAGACACUUCAAACUCAACUCAACAAUAACAAGAUCUCCGAAAACCUUCAACAAGAACUCAGAAAACCUUCACCUGCAAGAACAGACAAACCCCUGGUGUAGCAGAUCACUUACCCUGCCUUUGUACUGCAUUCUGACCAAAGUAGUUGUAAAAUAUCUCUUGAUCUUAUUGAAUCCAGCAGU